UAACAUAACCAACCUACCUAACCUACAAAGAAGUCGCAUUGUGGUCCAGAUGACGCUGUUUCCCUCACAACAAGGGUUUCAGUGAAUCAGAAGGCCCGUGAUUAAGAAUAUUUUAUUAUUAUUAUUACUUUAUCCGGAGUUACAACAUAUCCUGACGCAUUAACUGAGGCGCUACUCUAUUAGCGCGAAGCCUUCGAUAAGCUCUGAGGAAGCAACGAACUUUAUAUACUUUACACAGUACCUACACGGACACAACGCGACUUCCGUGAUCACCUCAACCGAUACAUGGAUACAUCUAACUCUAAGCCAAAUAAUUACACCUUGGCCACAUAUAAAUUAAUCCUCCUACCUCCACCCAACCCAUCCACCUAACUCACACUUACACACUCGACCACACCAUCUUCCCGACUCUACCUUCCCUCCUACCAGCCUCCCGCGCACAAUAAACUUCAUUCCUCAACCCUACCUAUCACCUAACAUAACGUCGCGGGAUGGCCAACGACAUGGUUAAUCGGGGCAUGACCCAGGUCUUUACCGGACUUGGGAUUCUUCUCGGUGCUGGUCGCAUCAGUAAUGCCACCCAUGAAAAGAUCAUGGAGCUUAUUGAUGCAGACCAGGACCGCGCCAACACCGAUGCCACUAUCACGGCGUCGGAGACAACAAUUGGCCUCCCAGGUCCGGGAAAAGAGACGCCUGUUUCCAUGCAGUCGCAAGAUCUCCUCGGGUUGGGCAAUGAGUUUGGUGGUAUGUCUAUCGGAGACACUCACAGCCGUGGCUCGACAAAAUCUGCUGGUACGAAGUCCGGAAGCCAGGCCAAGAUUAUCUGCCCUUGGUGGUCCACGGCUGGCUACACCUGCCGCGAUCACGAACAUGGUGAAUGCAAAUUCUACCAUGAGGAUAUUCCGGAUGGACUACGGCAGCCGCUAAUUUGCCAUUUUUGGGCGGAUGGUAACAGGUGUACUAAGUCCCAAGACGCCUGCCGAUUUGCACACUACCAAGCUCAGCAUCGGGCUAUUGCUCCUAUGCCUACCAAGAGGAAGCUUGAGAAGACUUCCACUGGGCUAGACUACAGUGAGCACUUCGCCAUACCCCGUCCAGCCGUGCUAUCCAAAGAUAAGGACGUCGGCAAAUGGCAUAGCCAGCCGCGACCUCCUCCCGGGGACGACUGGUAGAGCAGGUUUUAGCCAAUGAGCGGUAUUUGUGUGGAUGUGAACAGUGUGUAUACUCGAAGGUUUACCAGGAUUGGGUGGCAGGCGGACCGGAGUAGUGCCUCAGAAAGGGAAUUGUGGAGUUGGUUUACCCUUAUAAUCGUUAGUUUUAUUCCGCUUAAUUCAUCAUCGGAUCCCUUAACGUUAACGACAAUCAAGCAACGUCGCCCCUUCUAUCCUAUCAUGCGGUGGAACAAGGAGAAAACAACAGGGUUGUUACAUGUAAAACUCUAAGCUAGCUACAGGAGCCUACGGAUAUGCAUACCUCUAGCAGUAUCCUUUAUUCUAGAUGUCUCAUCUGGAAUGCUAAUACAUCCUACCCAUAACAUGUAGGUGAAAGUCUACACCAAUGAUUAUCAGCUGAGAGACUGUACUCAUACAGCUCUGCGAUAAAGAAAUAAGUAGAUGGCUACUUAGGUAGAUAUCUAAUUGAACCUAACCUACCUCCUAAAUCAUGCAUUAAAAUAAAUCUCCUAAGCUUCUUG